UUAUACAGAUAACAGCGGUCUCUCCUUUCCACCCCUCUCUGAAAAGUCCUUCCAUCCGAGAGCAGAAAGAUCGGAAUAAGGAGAUGAUGCUUCUGAAUGCCCUAGCAAUUGCAAGAAUCAGUACGAGAGAUGCAGUUCUGCUGGGAGACAUUGAAUUCGCAUCGUUCUGGUGGUUUUUCUAUGCUGGAGUCUCAUGUUUUCUCGUCCUCUUCGCCGGCAUCAUGUCCGGUCUCACCCUAGGGCUGAUGUCGCUCGGCCUCGUUGAGCUCGAAAUCCUCCAACGCAGCGGAACUUCCGCCGAGAAGAAGCAAGCAGCUACUAUCCUUCCAGUCGUCCAAAAGCAGCACCAACUUCUUGUGACUUUGCUUCUUUGUAAUGCUUGUUCAAUGGAGGCCCUUCCUAUAUGUUUGGAUAAGAUUUUCCAUCCAUUUGUUGCUGUUUUAUUGUCUGUGACAUUUGUUCUAGCUUUUGGAGAGGUUCUUCCACAAGCUAUAUGUACAAGAUAUGGACUUGCUGUGGGUGCAAAUUUUGUAUGGCUUGUGCGUAUUUUGAUGAUAGUUUGCUAUCCAAUAUCUUACCCUAUUGGGAAGCUUCUAGAUUGUUUACUUGGACACAAUGAAUCUGCGCUAUUUAGGCGGGCGCAGUUAAAAGCCCUCGUCUCUAUCCACAGCCAAGAGGCUGGUAAGGGUGGUGAACUCACCCAUGAUGAGACAACAAUUAUAAGUGGCGCACUCGAUUUGACUGAAAAGACUGCUGAGGAGGCUAUGACGCCUAUUGAGUCAACAUUUUCAUUAGAUGUGAACUCGAAAUUGGAUUGGGAAGCAAUUGGAAAAAUUCUUGCUCGGGGUCAUAGCCGUGUUCCUGUCUAUUCUGGAAAUCCAAAGAAUAUUAUUGGCCUUCUACUGGUGAAGAGUCUCCUCACAGUACGAGCAGAGACAGAGACACCAGUCAGUGCUGUUUCCAUCAGGCGAAUUCCACGGGUUCCAUCAGAUAUGCCUCUGUAUGAUAUAUUGAAUGAAUUCCAAAAGGGGAGCAGUCAUAUGGCUGCUGUUGUGAAGGCGAAAGGAAAAAACAAGAACCCUCCACUUUCUCGUGAUGGAGAAAAAUCUGAAGAUAAUAAAAUAAGCAGUGAGAAGUCCACAUUAACUGCUCCUUUGCUGCCCAUGCGGGAUGAAAAAUCAGAUAGUAUUGUUGUUGACAUUGAGAAAGGGAUAAAUAAGCCGCAGAUCAAUGCACACAAGCCAGCCUCUUUGCAACAAAAUGAUGCAGUGACAAAUGUAGUUACCAGUUUAUCGGAGGAUAUUGAAGAUGGAGAGGUCAUCGGUAUCAUUACCCUGGAGGAUGUAUUCGAAGAACUCCUACAAGAGGAGAUAGUAGAUGAGACAGAUGAGUAUGUUGAUGUGCAUAAAAGGAUACGGGUGGCUGCAGUUGCUGUGGCCAGGGCACCAUCAAUCCGGAGGCUAACUGGUCUUAAGGUAGUUAGUGGACAAAAUCGUCAAGGCCAAUUGCAUAUCAGCACCCCAAAGAAAUCUGCAGAGGACGAUUCAACUUCCACUAGAAUUCAAGGGAGUCUAGCAGAGCCUCUCCUUGGGACUACCAAGAGAUAAAAAGGAUGGAAGAGGUAGUGUGUAUCCCAUGGCAUUCUCUCUCCGUCUCCUUAAAGAAA